AUGGCGGCGUCGGCGCCGACGGGCUGCUUCAAGUGCGGCCGCCCCGGCCACUGGUCCCGGGACUGCCCCUCCGCCCCACCAUCCUCCUCCACCAACCCCAACCCCAAUCCCAACCCCGCCGCCGGCGCCGGCGCCGCCCGCUUCGCCCCCUACAAGCCGAGACAGUUCUCGAAACCCGCGGCGGCGGCGGCUGCUCCGGCGGAGGGGGAGGAGGCGCCGCAGGAUGGUGCUAAGAAGAAGAGGAAGGAGAGAGCGACGCGGCCCAAGCUCACGCCGGAUCUCCUCCUCUCCGACGACGGCCUGGGCUUCGUCCUCCGCUACUUCCCCAAGGCGUUCAAGCCCCGCGCCCGGCCUGGAUCCGAGGUGGAAGACCUUGGCAAUCUGAUCAAGCUUUACGCGGACUGGCACUCUCGCUUGAUCCCUUACUACUCCUUCGAUCAGUUUGUGCGCAAAGUUGAGAAAGUUGGGGCCAGUGGCCGCGUUAGGAGAUGCAUUUUGGAAUUGAAGGAAAGGGUUGCCAGAGGGGGAGAUCCUACACUACUGCAUCAACCGCUAGUGGAAGAAGUCAUACCAGAGGGAGAACCUGAUGGAACCACACAAGAAGACCCAAUCCUGGGGACAGAACCUCCGUCGACGGACAAUCAUGAGGAUGUGGACCCAUUUGCGAUGGAAACUGAUGACGUGGAUCCCAUGCAAGAGGAUUUGCUAAAUGAAAUAUACGAAAAGACAGCCGAUGAACCUGUAAUAAGAUCUGGCGAUGGAGGCGCUGAACAACCUGUGGCUCCAAGAGAGGCAGAGAAGCAUCAAGAUGGAGAGGAGAGUGGCGGAAGCAAGCCAAGCAAAGUUGAGCUGACGGAGGAGCAGAAGGCGCGCAUGGAGGCUAACCGGCUCAAGGCGCUGGAGAGAGCGGCAGCAGCCCGGGCUCGCGCAUCCCAGUCGCAGCCUACUACUGAAACUACCAUCUAA